AUGCAUGGAAAUCCAUUGUUACUAAGCAAAAUGCAAUACAAGCCAUCGUUCGCCUGGAUAUUGACAGUACUUAUUUUCAGUUUUGUGAAUGAUAAAAUAAUCGCAGCGGAACUUCGUAAGAAUGAUGAUCAGACUCUCGUAUUGAAUUUGUUCGAAGGACAACCAACGCGCAGAAAUGGUGUAUGUGGAACUUAUGAUGCAUCGAUUUACACCUGCUGCAAUGGAGCACUCACUUUGGGACGCGGAAAAUUAUGUUGUGGCACAACAGCCUACAGUUCAUCAGUCGGCACCUGUUGUAAUGGCGUAUUCACGUUAGGUCAUAAUCAAUCGUGUUGUGGCACAACAGCUUACAACUCAUCAAUGUAUAGUUGUUGUAAUGGAGUACUCAUAUUACAAAAAGGACUAUCGUGUUGCGGAACAACAAUCUACAAUUCAUCAAUGUACACCUGCUGUAAUAGUGUACUAAGUAGUGGAAGUGCUCUAGAAUGUUGUGGUACGGAAGCAUACAAUUCACUAUACUCCACUUGCUGCAAUGGUAAAGUUAGUAGCGGAAGCAAACAACAAUGCUGCGGUACAGAAACAUACGAUCCAUCAUCUUAUACAUGCUGCCAUGGUAAGCUAAACAGAGGAGCUAAGCAGCAAUGCUGUGGUAUGGAAAUAUAUGACCCGUCAUACUACACUUGUUGCGAUGGUACACUGAACAAUGGACAGAAACUACAAUGCUGCGGAAAAGAAGGUUAUGAUCCUUAUUAUACAACCUGCUGCAAUGGUACACUCAACAACGGACAGAAACUUCAUUGUUGUGGAAAGGAAGGUUAUGAUCCUUAUUAUACAACCUGCUGCGAUGGUACACUCAACAACGGACAGAAACUUCAUUGUUGUGGAAAGGAAGGUUAUGAUCCUUAUUAUACAACCUGCUGCGAUGGUACACUCAACAACGGACAGAAACUUCAUUGUUGUGGAAAGGAAGGUUAUGAUCCUUAUUAUACAACCUGCUGCGAUGGUACACUCAACAACGGACAGAAACUUCAUUGUUGUGGAAAGGAGGGUUAUGAUCCUUAUUAUACAACCUGCUGCGAUGGCACACUGAACAAUGGACAGAAACUACAAUGCUGCGGAAAAGAAGGCUAUGAUACCUAUUAUAGAAGUUGCUGCAACGGCAAAGUCAGUAGUAAAAAUGGUGCAGAGUGUGGAAAAUAG